AUGCCGGUUCAACUUCAGCACUCGGGGUACUCCGCUGAAAAGUUACAGUCACUGACAGAAAGCCUCCCGUGCAGAGAGGCCCAAGCUAGUACACUUUUGGCCUUAAUGGGGGAGCCUGACCAGUAUAGUUACCCAUCGAUAUUCAUCUAUGGCCACCGGGCAUCUGGGAAGAGUUACGUGACACUCAGAGUACUUAAAGAAUUGGAGCUUCCUCAUGCUGCUGUGAGUUGUGUGGAGUGUGUGUCUCCUGGGCUGCUGUUUGAGCAGGUGCUUCUCUCUCUUUUCGGCCACACGGCAGCUUCCUCUCUUCCCCGUUGUCCAUCCCUGUCUGAUUUUGUGCGAUUAUACAAGCAGCUGUGCUCCCAGAACCCUGCCAAACAGACACGAUACAUAGUUCUAGACAGAGCAGAGCUCCUCAGAGACAUGGAAGUCAACUUGCUACCUGGUUUUCUUCGUCUUCAGGAACUGGUGGAUGACAACGUAACGGUGAUCCUGCUCAGUGAGAUUGUAUGGGACAAGUUUCGGCCAAACACUGGCCUCUUUGAGCCUCUUCUGCUCCACUUCCCUGAUUACACCAAAGCGGAAUUGCAAAAGAUCCUUGCCCGGGACAGUCACCCUUCUUACCCACAGGAGUUAUAUUCCUUCUACAUCAACAUCCUGCUUGGUGUUUUCUACUCGGUGUGCAGAGAUCUGAGGGAACUGAGGCAUCUGGCUGCCCUCAAUUUCCCCAAAUUCUGUGAGCCUUUGGAGAACGGAGAAGCCAAAGAAAGUGACACACACAAACUAUGGAGAAAUAUUGAGCCACAUUUGAAGAAAGCUAUGCAGACAGUGUACCUACGUGAGAUAUCAAGUGUUCAGUGGGAGCAGCAGCAGGAGAUGAUGGAGAAGGAGGCUAUGGCUCCUAAAGGUUUAUCAGCAUACACUCAUGUGGAGCUCCCUUAUUACUCCAAGUUUUUGCUGAUUGCAGCCUACCUGGCCUCCUAUAACCCUGCCCGCACAGACCGACGCUUCUUCCUUAAGCAUCAUGGUAAAAUGAAGAAGACCAACUUCUUAAAGAAACAUGAGAAGACCAGUAAUCAUCUGCUUGGUCCAAAGCCUUUCCCUUUGGAUCGCCUGCUUGCCAUCUUCUACAGUGUAGUGGACAGCAGAGUCGCACCAACUGCCAGUGUUUUCUCUCAGAUCUCCUCAUUAGUCACCCUGCAACUCUUGACUCUGGUUGGACAUGAUGACCAGUUAGACUCACCCAAAUACAAGUGUGCUGUUUCUCUGGAUUUUAUCUGUGCCAUAUCCAGGACUGUGAGCUUUGACAUUGUGAGGUACCUGUAUGACUUCCUCUGA